UCAGCGUAAGGUCGCUCGGGAGCUCGUGCCGCGGUUGCCUCGCGUGUUUUCUUCACUUUAUUAUUCGCAUUAUCUCACGUAUAGAAGAUAAUAACUCGUGAUUAUCAGAAUAAUAAAGCUCUGCUGAUUGCCGCGGUGCAACACUAACCCGCCGUUCGCUCGGAACUCACAGUUCGUUCGUGGAACUUGUGUCAAGCCGACCUGGCUGUGGCUUCGCUUCGUCAACCAGACAACACAUUGAAUCAUUGACAUUCCUGUAUAAUAUUAAGAAAGUAAAAUUAAUUUGAACAAGAUCAUAAAAUGAUUAAAAAAAAAACGUCACCUUAGGUUUAUGAUGGGCGCCUUAUCAUGAGAAACGCUGGUCUCGUAUCGUCUGAGGACGUAACGCGUUUUCUUCAGUUAACUUUUUUUUUUUUAAACACAACAGAAACUUCCCUCCUGUGAAACACACUUUUACCAUCUGUAAAGUACACUGGUAAGAACCAGGUGCAAAUUGGUUUCGUGUUCCUAGGGGUCACUGAGUUCUCCGCUCUGCAGGGGGUGGGGUUUGAUGGGGGAUCAGCAGGUCGCCGCUUUUCGGUUGCCAUGGCAACGUUCCUAAACUCUGCACAAGUGAGCAGUACCAGUAAUGCUAAUCCCUCAUAGGCACGUUUCCAUGUGGUGACGGACUCCCCUCACCGUGAGGGUCCCGCGGCGGUGGACACGGCUGGACGUCCAGCAGGGCCAGAUGAGCCGUGGAAAAGGUCGUCACCUUGGCCACGCGACCCACAGGCGCAGACAGGGAAACGCCCUAAAACACCUCAAAAUAAACGUGGAAGAUUACACAGAGAUUACGUGGCCACCAGGGGGGCGUAGUGGUUAGAGUAGGGCGUCCCGCCUUGUUGGUCAAGUUUAUCAGUGUGAACCGGUUCGAGGGCGACGUGUGAAAAAAAAAAUCAUAGUAAGCGGGCGGCAUACUGAAUCUUAAAAGCGUUCGAAGAAGAAUGGAUCUGGAGGACAACGCUACGAUUCGCUCACAACUCCGGAGCGUUUCGGAGGAGAGCACCCUGACGCAGCCUGCAGAGAAAGCCCCACCCAGCAAGGCCGGAGGUGCUCUGUGUCGUCCAGGUAGCAGCACCUUCCUGCUCUUGGCCUCGGCGGUGGCGGCCGUCAGCGGAUUCAUGCUGGGCUACGAGAUGGGCGUGAUCUCGGGGGCGCUGCUGCAGCUGCGGGACAUCCUGUCGCUAACCUGCCAAAUGCAGGAAGUGGCGGUGAGCGCGCUCUUGCUGGGAGCCCUGCUCGUCUCGUUCGUCGGGGGCUACCUGCUCGACCAGUACGGGAGGAAGUUUGCCAUCAUCGUCACAGCCGGCACCAUCGUUGUGGGGACCGUGGUGCUCGUCGGCUUCGCCUCCUUCACUGCGCUCUUUUUGGGCCGCUCGCUCGUCGGCAUGGCGGUGGCGCUCUCCGGCACGGCCUCCUGCCUCUACAUCGCCGAGAUAGCUCCUCAUGACCGCCGGGGCCUGCUGGUUUCCCUGUACGAGCUCAUGGUCGUCAUCGGUGUCCUGCUAGGCUUCGGUCUCAGCCACGUCUUUGCUGCCGUGCCCGAUGGCUGGAAGUAUAUGUUUGCCGCUGUGAUCCCACCUGCGGUCCUGCAGGGCGGUGCCAUGUGCUUCCUGCCUGUGAGUCCGCGCUUCCUGCUGAAGAAGAGGCGCCAGGAGGCGGCACUGGCUGUGUUAGAGCAGCUGCGGCCCUGUGGCGCCGACAAGGAGCUGCGCUCCAUACAGGCGGUGCUGCGUGAGGAGAGUCAGCACAGCUUUCUGGACCUGCUCAGCAGCAAGGACAACGUGCGGAGGCGGCUGCUCAUCGGGGUGGCGCUCGUCUUCCUCCAGCAGAGCACGGGGCAGCCCAACGUCGUCUUCUACGCCUCUACCAUCCUGCAGUCGGUCGGCUUCCACAGCCACGGCGCUGCAACGUUGGCCUCUACGGGUCUUGGGGCGGUGAAGGUGGCAGCCACAGUCCCCGCGGUACUUCUGGUGGACCGCGUGGGAAGUCGGAACUUCCUGUGUAUGGGAGCGGCCGGCAUGGCGCUGUCCUUAACCACCCUGGGCAUGGUGACGUUACAAAGUCAUGCCAACGCCACUCGUAUCUGCCAAAGCCCCACCCACACGAACCACACUAACUGGCUACACAACAUAUCUAGUCCAGUGCUGGAUGUCUUGCCUGUCCUCAGAGAGCCUGUGAAGGUCACUGGUUCCAGCAACUGGUCUGUGACUCAGGAGAACUGGGCUGAUACCAGGAGCAGAGAAACUGCUGAGAAGUUUCCAGGUGUUGAUCCAGAACCCAAACAGGUGUCCGGUGUCCUGAAGUGGCUCUCUUUAGUCAGCCUGCUUAGCUACGUUGCAGCCUUUUCUAUAAGCCUUGGGCCGAUGGUCCAUGUGGUGUUGAGCGAGAUCUUCCCCCUGGGAGUGCGGGGAAAGGCCGUGUCCGUGGUGUCCGCAGUCAACUGGGGCACCAACCUCAUCAUUUCCCUCACGUUCCUCACCGUGACAGAGAAAGUUGGGCUCGCCAACAUCCUGUUCCUUUAUGCUGCUAUGAGCUUCGUGCUGCUCGUGUUUGUCAUUUUCUACAUCCCGGAGACCAAGGGCCAGACCCUGGAGCAGAUCUCCAAGGAGCUGUCAGAGAAAAAUAAUCUGGGAGAGACAAUCUGCUACAGAGUGCGGUCAAAAACGGACAGUUUCACCAUGGUGAAGCCGGGAGAAAAAACUAACCCAAACUAAAAUAGAUUACCUCAGAAUUGAUGUUUAAAAUGCCAUUUAUGAAACCAGGUGUGUAAUUUGAGAACUGGGUAGGUGAUGUAUUUUAAUGUUGCUGGAUCCAAUACUUGAAAUACCAGGGAAGUAAGAACUCAACAUGGACAAUCUCCGGUCCACAAGUUGGCCUGCGGUGCUGCCUUGAGUGCGGUGGUCAAGCAACGGGCCGUUUCCAUGGAGAUCCUGCUCACAGCAUGACCACCGGCCUCUGAUGGGCCGGCAUGCCGGACUCAGCUGUGUCCAGGCCGGUGUCCUGGGGGCUGCAGGCUCAUGGUGGCUACUAAUCUAUCAAAUAUCAUAACCGUACUGUAACCAGGACUACGCAUGCAUUCAAAAGGUCUCUAAGUUAUUAAUUUAGCUGCUGAGGGGCUGCCUUCUCGCUUUAGGAUGGGGGAGGGUUUUAUGCGGCCUUAGCUGGGACAACCGCUGUCGAUGGGCGUUUUGGUUAUGUACUGAUCAGUGAUUCAUUCAUCUCAGCACUAUUUACCUCAACUGGUCCUACCUGUUUUAUACCAUUUUAUAGGACAAUGUUAACUAUGUAACAUACCACAAGGUUUACAAGUCUCAACUCCGAUAUUUAACAUUUAACUUACAGAAAUGUAUAAUACAUGGGGGGACUAAAUAGUACAGUUGUUUGAGAUUAAUAGUUCAACUGCUUCAUAAUGCUGCCUUGAUGUGGGGGGGGGAGGAACCUAGGAGGUAAAGACAAAGAGCUCCGUGUUCCUCUCCGGGCUCCAUUAUCACCUGAUUGCU